AUUAGAACCCCAGUCACUCUCCCUAGGAGCCCAGGACUCGGAGCUACGCAGUGAGGACCACAGCUGGUGGAGUAUCCAGGUGUGGACAAGAUGGACGCCAAUUCCUCACUUCCCAUGAAUCAGUCCGCAGCAGUUCAGGUCAUACCUGCUGGCUAUGUCGUCCUGAACAUCUUCUCGUAUCUGAUACUUGGCGUCACCUUCGUCCUGGGUGUGCUGGGCAACGGGCUUGUGAUCUGGGUGACUGGCUUCCGCAUGACACACACGGUCACUACCAUCUCUUACCUGAACCUGGCCCUAGCCGACUUCUCCUUCACCUCCACUCUACCGUUCUUCAUUGUCACCAGGGCCAUGGGGGGACACUGGCCAUUUGGCUGGUUCCUGUGCAAGCUCAUUUUCACGAUAGUGGACAUCAACCUGUUUGGGAGUGUCUUCCUGAUCGCUCUCAUCGCUCUCGACCGCUGUGUCUGUGUCCUGUUCCCAGUCUGGGCCCAGAACCAUCGCAAUGUAAGUCUGGCCAAGAGGGUGAUCUUUGGACCCUGGAUUUGCGCUCUGCUCCUCACCUUGCCGGUUAUUAUUCGUGUGACGACAACGACUCUUCCGAUAGGAAAAACAGCCUGCGGUUUCGACUGGUCUCCCUGGACGAGAGACCCCGCAGAGAAGAUGAAGGUAGCUGCUACCAUGUUGCUCGUCAGAGGGAUCAUCCGCUUCAUUAUCGGUUUCGGCACACCCAUGUCCGUUGUGGCCAUCUGCUAUGGGCUCAUCGCCAGGAAGAUUCGCAGACAGGGCACAGUGAAAUCCAGCCGACCUUUGAGGGUACUCUCUUUUGUUGUAGCUUCCUUUGUCCUCUGCUGGUCCCCCUAUCAGAUCGCAGCCCUCAUAGCCACAGUCAGAAUCAGGGAGAUCCUGCUAGGCAUGGGCCAACAACUUAGAAUUGCAUUGGAUGUGACAAGCUACCUGGCCUUCUUCAACAGCUGCCUCAACCCCAUGCUGUAUGUCUUCAUGGGCCAGGACUACCGAGAGAGACUCCUCCGCUCCCUGCCUGCCAGUCUGGAGAGGGCCCUGAGUGAGGACUCGGCCCAGACUAGUGACACAGGAACCAGCUCGACAGCUCCCGCAGGGGCUGAGUUACAGGCCGUGUGAGAAGCGAGCAGACAGCUCUGGAGCUCCCCUUCCCUGCUUCAUUCCAGCUGGAGCUACUGAACCACACACAUGCCUUGCCCGUCUUAGUAUUGCCCACUCACCACACGGAAAUUUCUUUGUGCCCUGGAUUUGGGAAGAAGAAAUAGACUUAAAGCUACCACUGGUGCCUUUUGUCAUUGCUGUGCUUGAGCAGGUGGGUAGAGAGGUCGUGUGUUCUAAAUAGCCCAAAAGAGUCCUGAGUGACAGCCAUUGCUCUGACAUAAGUAAUAACGUCCAUCUUGCUG